GGAAUGCCGGUUUUGAAUCAGAUGGCGGCACGGAAGAUCCUUGUUCUUUUCGGCAGCCAGACUGGGACUGCCGAAGACACAGCUGAGAGGAUUGGCCGGGAAGCCAAGCGGCGCCAUUUCCAGUGCAGAGUCGAGGCCUUGGACAGCUACAGUGUGGCAAACUUGAUCCAUGAGCCACUGGUGGUGUUUGUCUGUGCGACCACAGGCCAAGGGGACCCUCCUGAUAAUAUGAAGAAUUUCUGGAAGUUCCUCUUCCGAAAAAGCUUACUUGCCACUUCCCUGUGCAAGAUGGACUAUGCUGUCCUGGGCCUUGGAGAUUCCUCGUAUCCCAAGUUCAAUUUUAUUGCCAAAAAACUGCACAAGAGGCUUUUCCAGCUCGGGGGCAAUCCUGUUAUGCCUGUGGCCUUGGGAGACGACCAGCAUGACUUGGGCCCAGAUGCGGUAAUUGAUCCCUGGCUUUUGGACUUGUGGGGGAAGUUCUUAGCUUUGUAUCCUCUUCCUUCCAGCCUCGACAUCAUUGGUCCAGAUAUCGUUUUACCACCCAAAUUCACCUUUCAGUUUUUGGAAGAGGAUUCUGGCCCUCUUCAGCAGGAGGAAGUCUCCCGAGAAGCCCCUUCAGAGUUGCAUCCCUUCGCUUCCCGGAUGGCAUCCAAUCAGAGGGUGACAGCAGAAUCUCAUUUCCAGGAUGUCCGCCUCAUUGAGUUCGAUGUCACAGGCUCUGGAAUGGAGUAUGCUGCUGGCGAUGUGGUGAUGAUCCAGCCGCGCAAUGCUCCUGAGGAGGUGCAGCUUUUCUGUGAACUUCUGUGCCUGGAUCCUGACAAGCAUUUUAUGCUAAGACCUACAAAGUCAGACACCCCCCUUCCUGCCUUCCUGCCCCAGCCGUGCAGCGUCCAUCACCUGGUGAGCCACUACCUGGAUAUCUCCUGUGUCCCUCGCCGCUCCUUCUUCGAGCUCCUCUCCUAUUUCUCACCCAAUGAACUGGAGCGAGAGAAGCUGCAGGAGUUCAGCUCUGCGCAGGGCCAGGAAGACCUCUAUGCUUACUGCAACCGGCCACGCAGGACCACGCUCGAGGUGCUCUGUGACUUUCCUCACACGACUUGUGCCAUUCCAUGCGAUUAUCUUUUUGACCUUAUCCCGCGGAUCAGGCCCCGUGCCUUCUCGAUUGCUUCCUCAAUGUUGGCUCUCCCCAACAGAAUUGAGAUCCUCCUGGCUGUGGUGCAGUACAAGACCCGCCUUAGUAAACCUCGACGUGGCCUCUGUUCAUCGUGGCUUGCCUCCCUUGACCCACAGAAUGGGGCCGCGAGGGUGCCUCUUUGGGUGAAGAAAGGAGGCAUGAAGUUCCCAGCUGAUCCAGACACGCCUGCCAUCAUGAUCGGGCCUGGCACAGGAGUGGCGCCUUUCCGAGCAGCGAUACAGGAGCGGGUGGUCCAAGGCAAAAAAGGGAAUUGCUUGUUCUUCGGCUGCCGACAGAGGAGCAAAGAUUUCUACUGCCAGGCGGAGUGGGAGGAGCUUGUGAGAAGGGGUCUCCUGACGCUUUUCACAGCCUUUUCCCGGGAUCAGGAGCAGAAGGUUUAUGUCCAGCACCGUAUCCAGGAGAACAAGAAACUAGUAUGGGACCUGGUGAGCCGGGGAAAUGCACACAUCUACCUGGCUGGGAAUGCCAAGCAGAUGCCAGAGGCGGUGGCAGAGGCCCUAAAGUUUGUCUUCCAGUCCGAAGGAGGCCUCUCUGCCUCAGAAGCCGAGGAGUACUUGGCAACCUUGGAUCGGACCCACCGUUUCCAGGCCGAGACCUGGUCUUGAGUUGCAGCAGAGGCUUGGAUGACAGAGAAUGCUUCUUACCCAGGGCUGAACAGAUGUAGCCAAU